AUGGAGGAGUUGGACGUUGAGCCGGCCAUCACCGAAGCAGUGAAGACAGAGACCAACGAACACAUAAACCUGAAGGUGGCAGAUCAGGAUGGCUCUAUAGUGCAGUUCAAGAUUAAAAGACACACACCGCUCAUCAAACUCAUGAAGGCCUACUGCGAUCGACAGGGACUGUCCAUGAGGAAAAUCGGGUUCAGAUUUGAUGGACAGCCAAUAAAUGAAACAGACACACCAUCGCAGUUGGAAAUGGAAGAUGAAGAUACAAUUGACAUGUUUCAACAACAGACGGGAGGCCUCAUUUAAUCCACUGCAUUGUUCACCAUUUUCCUUUUCAACACAACCAAGCUUUCCCGCCUGCGAGACACAGCGACUGCUUCUUUGACACUUGUCCCGUUAU